CCCCAGCCCCGGAAGAUGGGGAACUGUCUCAAGUCCCCCACUUCAGAUGACAUCUCCCUGCUUCACGAGUCUCAGUCCGACUGGGCUAGCUUUGGCGAGGGGACGGAGCAGGAUCAGGAGCUGCCGCCGCCGUAUCAGGAACAAGUUCCAGUUCCGGUCUAUCAUCCAACACCUAGCCAGACUCGCCCAGCAACUCAGCUGACUGAAGAGGAACAAAUUAGGAUAGCUCAAAGAAUAGGCCUUACACAGCAUUUGCCUAAAGGAGUUUAUGAACCUGGAAGAGAUGGAUCAGAAAAAAAGAUCCGGGAGUAUGUGAUCUGUAUGAUGGACUUUGUUCACGGGCACCCAAUUCGAUUUCUGCCGUGCAUGCAUGUCUAUCAUCUGGACUGUACAGACGACUGGUUGAUGAGAUCCUUCACAUGCCCCUCCUGCAUGGAGCCAGUUGAUGCAGCACUGCUUUCGUCCUACGAGACUAAUUGAGCCAGGGUCUCUCAUCUGACUUCAAGUGAACCAUCAUUUUUGGUGGUUUUGAUCUUUUGUCACUGAGCCCAGAGAGCCAGGGAUUAGGGAUUAAGAUCAUGCACAAAAGUUUCCUAAAUAUUCCUGAAUGGCUGCAGAUGUUGGGGAAAAGUAUGUGAUAUUUUAGAAACUUAGGGGGAAA